UCAACACCCCAAACACACCUCACUCCCCCUUCUUUCUAGGAAGCAAAAUCACAAGACAAACACAACAUUUGACCAAAAAAAUAACAACAAUGCUUCUCUUCCUCCUCCCCCUCCUCCUCCUCCUCCCACCGCUCCCCACCACCCUCUCCCUCAACCAAGAAGGCCUCUACCUCCAACACUUCAAGCUCUCCCUCGACGAUCCUGACUCCGCCCUCGACUCCUGGAACGACGCCGACUCCACCCCCUGCAAUUGGCUUGGGGUCAAAUGCGACGACGCCUCCUCCUCCUCCCCCGUCGUCCGCUCCCUCGACCUCCCCAGCGCCAACCUCGCCGGCCCUUUCCCCACCGUCCUCUGCCGCCUCCCCAACCUCACCCACCUCUCCCUCUACAACAACUCCAUCAACUCCACCCUCCCUCCCUCACUCUCCACUUGUCAAAAUCUCGAGCACCUUGACCUCUCCCAGAACCUUCUCACCGGCGCCCUCCCCGCCACCCUCCCUGACCUCCCCAACCUCAAAUACCUCGACCUCACCGGAAACAACUUCUCCGGACCAAUUCCCGACUCCUUCGGCCGCUUCCAGAAACUCGAGGUCCUCUCUCUCGUCUACAAUCUCAUUGAAGGCACCAUACCCCCGUUUCUCGGCAACAUUUCCACCCUGAAAAUGCUCAACCUUUCCUACAACCCGUUUCUCCCGGGUCGGAUCCCGGCGGAGCUCGGCAAUCUGACGAACCUCGAGGUGCUCUGGCUCACCGAGUGCAACAUAGUUGGCGAGAUUCCCGACUCGCUGGGUCGUCUCAAAAACCUCAAGGAUUUGGACCUCGCCAUCAACGGCUUAACCGGCCGGAUUCCGCCGUCGCUCAGCGAGCUGACCAGCGUCGUUCAGAUUGAGCUCUACAACAACUCAUUAACCGGCAAGCUGCCGCCCGGAAUGUCUAAAUUGACCCGGCUGAGACUCCUCGACGCGUCCAUGAACCAGCUGAGCGGGCCAAUUCCUGACGAGCUCUGCCGGUUGCCGCUCGAAAGCCUCAACCUUUACGAGAACAACUUCGAGGGGAGCGUGCCGGCGAGCAUUGCGAACUCGCCUAACUUGUACGAGCUCAGGCUCUUCCGAAACAAGCUCUCCGGCGAGCUUCCCCAAAAUCUCGGGAAGAACUCCCCUCUCAAGUGGCUCGACGUGUCUAGCAACCAGUUCACUGGCACCAUUCCGGCGAGUCUUUGCGAGAAGCGACAAAUGGAAGAGCUCUUGAUGAUACACAAUGAGUUUUCCGGUGGGAUCCCGGUGAGGUUGGGUGAGUGCCAGAGCUUGACCCGGGUUCGAUUGGGUCACAACCGGUUAAGUGGGGAAGUUCCGGCGGGCUUCUGGGGGCUGCCGCGCGUGUACUUGAUGGAGCUCGUUGAGAAUGAGCUUUCUGGGGCGAUAUCGAAGACCAUUGCCGGAGCCACGAACCUCUCGCUAUUAAUCGUAGCGAAGAACAAGUUUUCGGGUCAGAUACCGGAGGAGAUUGGGUGGGUGGAGAAUCUUAUGGAGUUUUCCGGUGGCGAAAAUAAGUUCAAUGGGCCGUUGCCGGAGAGCAUUGUGAGACUCGGGCAGCUCGGGACUCUGGACCUCCACAGUAACGAAAUCUCGGGUGAGCUUCCAAUUGGGAUCCAGUCUUGGACGAAACUCAACGAGCUCAAUCUAGCAAGUAACCAACUUUCCGGGAAAAUCCCAGAUGGGAUUGGGAACUUAUCCGUGCUUAAUUACCUUGAUCUUUCCGGGAAUCGAUUUUCCGGGAAAAUCCCAUUUGGGUUGCAGAAUAUGAAGCUCAAUGUGUUUAAUUUGUCCAACAAUCGGCUCUCAGGUGAGCUUCCACCCUUAUUUGCUAAGGAAAUUUAUAGGAGUAGCUUUCUGGGAAAUCCUGGUCUUUGUGGAGAUUUGGAUGGCUUAUGUGAUGGCAAAGCUGAGGUUAAAAGUCAGGGGUACCUAUGGUUGCUUAGGUGCAUCUUCAUUCUAUCUGGUUUAGUAUUUGUUGUGGGGGUGGUCUGGUUUUACUUGAAGUACAAGAACUUCAAGAAGGCGAACCGAACGAUAGACAAAUCCAAAUGGACGCUGAUGUCGUUUCACAAACUGGGUUUUAGUGAGUAUGAGAUCUUGGAUUGCCUUGAUGAAGAUAAUGUGAUUGGUAGCGGGGCGUCCGGGAAGGUGUACAAGGUUAUGCUGAGCAGUGGAGAGGUUGUUGCAGUGAAGAAGCUUUGGGGAGGGAAAGUGCAGGAGUGCGAAGCUGGCGAUGUUGAGAAAGGUUGGGUCCAAGACGACGGCUUUGAGGCGGAGGUGGAGACUUUGGGGAGGAUUAGGCACAAGAACAUUGUGAAGCUUUGGUGUUGUUGCACUACUAGGGACUGCAAGCUCUUGGUUUAUGAGUAUAUGCAAAAUGGCAGUCUCGGUGAUAUGUUGCAUAGCAUCAAAGGAGGGUUGCUGGAUUGGCCUACAAGGUUUAAGAUAGCUCUGGAUGCAGCAGAGGGUCUUUCUUAUCUGCACCAUGAUUGCGUUCCUGCGAUUGUUCAUAGAGAUGUGAAAUCCAACAACAUAUUGUUGGACGGCGAUUUUGGAGCGCGAGUGGCGGAUUUUGGAGUAGCCAAGGUGGUUGAUGUGACUGGUAAAGGGCCUCAAUCCAUGUCGGGCAUUACAGGUUCUUGUGGUUACAUUGCUCCAGAAUAUGCAUACACUCUCAGAGUGAAUGAGAAGAGCGAUAUAUACAGUUUCGGCGUGGUUAUUCUGGAGCUGGUGACCGGGAGACUCCCAGUCGACCCAGAGUUCGGAGAAAAGGACUUGGUGAAGUGGGUCUGCACCGCAUUGGAUCAGAAAGGAGUAGACAGUGUGGUUGACCCAAAACUUGAAUCUUGUUACAAGGAAGAAGUCGGCAAGGUCCUCAACAUUGGCCUCCUCUGCACCAGCCCUCUCCCAAUUAAUCGUCCGUCCAUGAGACGAGUAGUGAAAUUGUUGCAAGAAGUUGGCACAGAGAAACAUCCCCAGGCUGCUAAAAAGGAGGGGAAAUUGUCACCCUAUUACUACGAAGAUGCCUCGGAUCAUGGAAGCGUAGCUUGAGACAUAUGAAGUUCAUAUAGUUUUCUUGCAAACAAAGCAAUGAGUGUGGGGGAAGUUUUUUAUGUAAGCUUUAUAUUUCCAGUUUUUGAAGCUUUCUAAAAUCCAACUUCCCAAAUAUCCCACCCUCCUCUAGGGUUUUGGUCUCAGAGAGCAGGGGAGGGGAAGAAGUUGAAGAGGAAGUAGAUUAGAGGAGUAAAAGUUACGAGGGGGUUAAAUUAUUCCAUACUGUAAAAGUAAGCUUAAGCAGUAACUUGCCCUCCUUCCCCAGUGAAAGUGAUGUAAACACUGUUUAGUGAUUGUGAUUCUUUGUGUGAAAUCAGUCAGGUGAUUUAUAUGAAAUGGGAAUUGCUAAGACAAUAUUCUGCAAUUAUACCU